UACAGAAUUCCUUUAUGUGUAAUGCCUUCUACAAAGUAAGAAAAAAAUGGAACCAUACUCACAGCUAUCAGUCAGUGACAUAGCAAUCAUAAUAACAAGUGUUGUAGUUUCUGCUCUUCUUCUUUUCCUGGGAAGUCUUGUUAUGUUCCUUAUAAUACGCAAGACGUGUCGAGCUGCUGAGCACAGUGUAAAAGAAGGACAAAGCAUUAAUCUCAAUGUUUCAGGUACAUCCACUGGAGAAGAAACGAUUGAUUCGACUUACACAGAACUGGGUACUCUUGACAAACCAAACACAUACGACGUUCUUCGGCCAAAUGUCAAUUCUGAGAUUCCUCACGUUGAUUUUGCCUACACAGAACUGGGAACUUUAGAAUCACCAAAUACAUAUGAAGCUCUUCAUCGAUAUGUAAAUGUUGACGAAAUGUGUGAAUAAUACAGUAAUACUACUGUCUGCGGGUUUUUUGUUAUAAAAACCCUGUUUUGACAUGUAGCUAUGCUUGUUUUCUAUGUCAUUGCACACAUAAUCUUUAAGAUGUUGGUCACAUUCUAUUUGACCGCAAGUGGUGGCGUCUCCAUAUGAAUGAAAAAAAUGUUCAGAGGGACAUUAAACAAUAUACAAUCAAAUUCAAUGUACAUUAGGGUUGUGUAUUGAGCAAAAAAUUUCGAUACGAUACAAUACAAUAUUUUUUAAAGCGACAUGCAAUAUAUUGGACUACAACAAGUCCAUCAAAUUGGGCUUAUUAAUCAUUUAAUUUCAUAAAAAAGAUUAAUGUUUUAUUACCAAUUUCAAAGUUCUUAUCCCAUAGUCAGUAAAUAAUCACUUCCAAUCAAAACUUUUAAUGACUGUAAAAUCAACAAGUAAAAAUAAAAUUAUGUAUUUUAUAUUAAUUCUAAAA